AUGUUAGCGAUUAGCCAUUUUAUAAUAUUGGUACUAUGCUUCAUGAACUUCAUUGAUGCUGCUCCAGCUCCAGCUAUUGUUACAGUUUGGCAAACAAUAACUUCAAAUAUAGUCACACCAACUGCACCAACCACAACACCAGUAGCAUUAGCAGCUCAACAACCAAGUACACCAACAACUGCUGCUUCAACUCCAUCUUCAACAGGAAGUUUCUGGGAUACCUUAAUUGAUAGUCUUGGUUCAGCUUCCACAUCACCAAGUUCUGGAUCAAACUCAUUCUCAAGUUGGCUUAAUGGACUUUUGAAUGGCAAUUCUGGAUCAUCUACAUCAAAUACUCCUGCAACUACAUCAUCUUCAUCUUCAACUGGUUCAUCAUUUUGGGAUCAAUUACAAAACUUGUUUGCAGGUACUUCUCAAUCUCAACCAGCUGCAUCUACUCCAUCUGCAUCUAAUGUAGGUACAACUGCAGCUGACUUGGUUCCAGUUGUAUCCAACACACCAAUUGCAUCACAAGUAGUUCCAACUACAACUUCUUCAUCAACAUUAUUGACGCUACCAACAACUUCCUCAUCAUCAUCAUCAUCUCCUGUAAGUCAACCAAGUUCACUGACUUCUUCAUCAAAUGAUCUUUAUGCCGCCAUUGCUUCAAGUCCAGAUGUCGAUUCAUCAUUUGCUUCCGAUAUGAUUGAUCUUCAUAAAAAAUAUAGAGCUAUACAUCAAGCAGGUCCAUUAAAAUGGGAUGUUAACUUAUAUGAAUAUGCAAAAAAUAAUGCAGACAAUUAUGAUUGUUCAGGAGUAUUGACACAUACUCAUGGGCCAUAUGGUGAAAAUCUAGCUGCUGGAUUUAAAGGAGCUCAAGACACUUUUAUGGUUGAAAAUGGGUUUAGAAAAAUAAUACCAUACUAUACCACCUAUCAAACUCAUGCCAAAGAACGUUGGGUUGGUAAAACUUUGACUCAAAUCUAUUCAAGUGAAUUUGGAGAAUCAGAAGAAAAUAUACUACAAGAUAUUCUGGAAAACAGACUAUAUGUUAUUAAUAAUGUUGGUCUAACCAAAUCUAGCUCAACUAUUAAAGGCUUGGAUUUGUUGAAAUUCAGAGAAACUCAUAUUAAAGAUGUUAUCCAUCAUUUGAAACAUAAUCAUGAACCUUUGAUUCCGUGGGUUGGACCUAUUCCAAUAAUUUUUGAAAAUGAUGAGAUAUUAGUUGUAGAUAAACCAAGUGGAGUCCCGACUCAUCCGUCUGGAAGUUAUUUGUACAAUAGUUUAUCAGAAACAAUAAAAAAAGAACUCAACAUGAAAACAAUCAAAACAUGUCACAGAUUGGAUAUAGGUACUAGUGGUAUCUUAAUACUUUGUAAGACUGCGGAAUCUGCUGUUAAAUAUCUGAACAUAUUAUUGGACAAAAGAGGUAGGGUAACAAAGACAUACUUAGCAAGAGUCAAAGGUAAAUUUUCAGAAGGAAUAAACAAAUACACAUGUCCCAUUUUCGUGGUUAAUAUGAAUGGAUAUUUAGCACCUGGAGAUAUUGCAAGAUUGCCUACCAAUUCUACUACAAUUUUCGAAAGAAUACGAUAUAACCAAAACUUGGAUGAGAGCAUUGUAAAAUGUAUACCCGUAACAGGUAAGUUUCAUCAAAUCAGGAUUCAUUUGAGGAAUUUGGGGUAUGGUAUAUCCAAUGACUAUUAUUAUAAUCCAGAAAAAGCUUUAGGAGACACGUAUAUUGAAAAAUCCGAUAUUGAAAGAGCAUUAUAUGAUUGUAUCUUUAAGAAAUUUCCCCAGUUUUCGAACUUUACUGAGUCAUCUGAUUUAAGCCCUAGCACAAUUAAUUUGCGUGAUAUACUCACCUGGAAGGUAAAUACAAAUCUUAUUGAUCGUUUACAAUCACUAAAACAAAACCAUUCAAAAGUUUUGUUGGAAAAACGACUGUCGAAAUGCCCUACUUGCCUUAGACCAAUAUUUCAUGAAGAUCUGAUUCGAGAUUCCAAAUUGUAUUUACAUGCAUUAAGUUUUGAAUGUGAUGAUGAUAAAUAUCAAACCGAUUUACCGGUUUGGGCAGAUAUAUAG